UAUUGAAGUUGUUGGUAUUGUGCACUUUUAUCCAUAAUCCACCACCAACCUUCUUUUUCCACCGAAUUUUAAUUUUUAUUUUUAUUGAAAAUAGGUGAAGCAAAUGAAGAAUAAGUCUCCCAAAUGUGAUCAACGUACGGACAAAUCAAGUAAAAAUCUUAUUUCUCAUUUCCUUAAAUCUCUCAUUUUGCCAAAAAAUUAAACGUCGUCAAGUUAUUAUGGCAAGCUUCAGCCUAAGCUCCGGGAACCUUUUCCUGCGAAGUGCCGGGAAAAGCCGAAUUAUGGUAGCGAAAUUGACAAAAGACGUUCACUCGAGCGUCGUCGAAACGAAGGAUUGGGAGGUUGUGGAAAUUGUAGGAACCAAUACGAGCUACGAUAGUUUGGAUAUCUUUGGUUGUAAGAUCAAAGGACAAGAUCUUAACAGAAUAGCCAUUAAUCUUUGUAAAUCGCGAUUAUGGGUCAAUAUGGAAGGAAUUAGUUUCAUAAGAUUGGGAGUCAUGAGCUUAUCGUUACAUGUAGUGUUUUAUCAGAGCAACGAGUUGUUCGAUUGGGCUCGAUAUGGUGUGAAGAAAACAGAUCCUAACACCGCGAAGAGCGACGACGAUGGCAAGAGCUUGGAGGACUUGAAGAAAGAGCUGAAGGAGUACAAAGACAAGCUGAAAGAAAAGGAGAAGGAAAUCAAGGAAGGAAAAUCUGCUGAGGAUUUUAAGAAGAUCGAGAAGGAACUGAAAGACAAGAAAGAUGAAGUUUUAAAGUUCACAAAAGAUGGGAAGCAAAAAGAUUCAGAUAUCAUUAAAUUGAAGGACGAUCUUAAGAAAUCGAACGAUAAAAAUAAGGAACAUCAAAAGACAGCAAAGAAAACUAAGGAUGAUCUAGACGCGAAAAUCAAGAAAUUGGAAGGUACCAUAACAAAUAAUUCGUCAGCUAUUACGCAGUACGAUCAGGUUUUACACAAAUGGAGACGUCCUGUUUUGUCAAUAAGAUUUAACACGUUGAGUUCAUACAAUUCGAAUUUGUAUUAUUCGCCGGAUCUGAAUAGUAUGCCAACUUACAAACCAGUUGAUGAAAUUGUUCUGAAUAGAUAUCCUAGUGGUAUUAAUGUAUGGGUUAGUAGUGGUUCAUUCGAAAAGGAUAACUGGUGGUUCAUCAAAAGAAAAGAUGAAAACGGAAGCUACGAAUCGUUGUUCGCGUUCUAUGGAGGUGUUUAUGAUAAUACUUCAACAACAUAUGGUGGAACAAGUAUUAAUGUCAAAAUACCUUAUAGUAAUGGAGCAACAUUUAGGUCUAAUGUUCGUUUUCUUGUUGUUGCUUUGCGCGGAUAUGGUUCUGUUUUCGGGUUUUGCUAUUAAUAUGUUGCUCAUUUAAAUACUACGCCUAUUUCAAGAGAGAAAGUGGACAACCAUUGUUGGUUUUAAUUAAGCUAAGUUUUGUUUUUCUCGA